AUGUCACUUUUACAACUCAUCAAAGCAGUUGAAGUUCUUUCACAAAAGUUCUUUCGAUCAUCAUCUUCUUUGUCUCAAGUUCUUCAAGAUUUCAUCAUGUCAAAGGUUCUCUAUGUAUUUUCUCACGAUGAUAAUGUAGUCAAAGGCCCCCAUGCUCCUGACACUCCUAUCGUUAUCCAAGCAAACAACGUUGCCUUCUCAAAUAUGAUCCCAAAUCAAUACAAGAAUUCAAGAAUUGAAGAUAUGACAACUAUGUCAAAAUAUAUCCUCUUCGUUAUGCAUUUUGUGAUUUUCCAGAUCCGUUGUAUCUUAAGAAAGUGUCCUCUUUUCGAAUCGCUCUACGACUUCCUCAAUCAGAAAACUACACAGAAACUCUUUCUGUAUAAAAAUGUAGGGUUACAAUGUCAACCAUGGAGUCUACAUACAACUUCCAAUUCUCACAUCAAAGAUUAUCAAUGCGGUCCCAUUGAUGGGGAUAUACAUCUUACUCGGUGCGUAGAGUAUUGGGUUGCAAAUCCUUAUGUAGUUGAAUCCUAUUACUUUAAUAAAGAGGAUGAUGAAGGGGAUGAAGAUGAUGAUGCUGUUGAUAAAGAAGAAGAUGUUGAUCACGAAGAUGAUGAAUCCGAAGUUGAUACCAAAACAUCAAACAUUGAUAUGGAAGAAGCCUCUACUCAGGGAAUGACUAACUCUCCCCCAAGAUUGAACCACCACAUUCAUUUUUCUUCGACAUUUACUUCAUCAAUAACUCCUUAUGCAGAAGCUAUAACACCACACUGA